CACAAGCGGCAGUUUGCUGGACCAACUGAGGCAUGCAGCUCGUAAUCGAUUAACCUAAGGUUAGUGUCGUCGAUAUUAUCCCUGCGAUGGCCAGUAGACGUCAAAAGUGUGUUGCAUGCAAUUUGACUAUACUGAUCAGACGCCCUUCAUUUCAAAACCGCCAGUUUAUUCUUUGACCGCAGUACAGAUGGCCGUUUUCAAAGUCUCUGAACAAUGGGGCUCAGGGAACAGCGUUCAGCUGGUCCUUAGCGCAGUGUUUGCCGUAAUCCUGGGGAAAGUAGCGCUAUUCAUGUAUGAAGGCAUACGGACCCGCUUGAGAUUCCGGCGACUGAAGGCGCAGGGCAUAGCUAUACUCGAACCUCAUUCAUUCAUUUGGGGCCACCUCAAGGUCUUGGGCGGGGCGAGGGCUCGAUUUCCCCCGGACGCAAACCCGCACUAUGUACAGAUUUACAUCAUUCAACGAUGGCGAGAGUUCUUUCCCGACGCUAAGGAAUGUCCUUCGAUUAUGUAUAUCGACCUUUGGCCGGUUCGUGACUCCAUGGCAAUGAUAUUGGAUCCAGGGAUGUGCCAAGAACUUGUUCUAGAGAAGAAUCCCCCUCGUCACCCCAUGAUAAAGCAUUUUAUUAGAGCCAUUGCGGGAACAAGAAACUUGACGUGGUUCGAUAGUGCACAGCACCGACUCUGGCGAUCACGCCUCGCUCCCGGCUUCUCGCUGCGAAACAUCCAGUCACAUAUGCCAGCAGUCAUUGAGGAGAUCGAGGUCUUCGUGCAAAAUCUUAAAGCCUCAACGACAAGCGACGGAAGCUGGGGCUCUGUCUUCCCGUUGUUUCCAAAGACAGUUGAUCUUACAUUUGAUAUCAUUGGUCGAGUAGUUCUAGACCUUCGUCUAAAUGAGCAGACUACUGGGCCAACGGGUCUACAGACUGCACUCAGAACGCUGGGGGAAAAGCACUUCUACUUUCACUCCUUACUUAACCUGCCGAAGAGACUCAAUCCGUUCCACCGACUGGAAGAAUGGCAAUGUACUCAAGAACUUCGCCGAAUCCUGGUUCCACGCAUCAAGCACCUGAUAGGAGUCGAGCAGUCUACAACACAAAAGACCGUGGUUCAGCUUGCCAUGAAGGAGUACAGCAGCGAGUCCCAAGGUGCAAAGAAAAUCGCGCCGAGCAACGAUGUGAUCGAGGACGUAUUCGGUAUGACGAGGUUGUUCCUGUUCGCCGGCCACGACACCACGGCUACCACCAUCGCCUGGGCCUUCCACUACUUGCCAAGCCACCCAGAUGUCUUAAAGAAAUUGCGAGUUGAACAUGAUCAGGUCUUUGGCACUGAUACACGGACCGUAGCUGAGACUUUGCGGCGUUCACCACAGUCACUGAACUCCCUUCCCUAUACUCUAGCCGUGUCAAAAGAAGUGCUUCGGGUUUGUCCAAUCGCUGCAACAAUCAGACAGGGAAGCCCGAGCUUCUUUUUCACCGACAGUGACGGCACCAAAUUGCCAACCGAUGGGUUUGCGCUCGUCACUGGCACCGCUUUGAUUGAUUAUCACCCGGAACUCUGGCCUCGAGUGAAUGAAUUUAUUCCUGAGCGUUGGACCGUCCCCCAGGACGAUCCUUUACAUCCGUCGAAACCGGGACAAUUCAGACCUUUCGAACAUGGCGUAAUGAAUUGCAUUGGUCAGGAACUAGCUAUGACGGAGAUCAAAUUGGUCUUACUUUUCACAGUGCGAGAGCUUGAUAUCGAGCCCGCAUUUGAAGAAUGGGAUAGAUUGUCCGAGAAUCUCAGCAAGCCCAAAUACACAAUUGAGGGCGAGCGCGCCUAUCGCCUGGCCAAGGGUAUUUCGCCACCGACGGAGGGGCUGCCCGUUCAUAUCAGGCUGAGACAACCUGCCGCAUGAUAUUUCUACAAUCGUCGCCGAGAUCUUUAAAAAGUAAGAGUAAUCAUUAUCGAAUGAUGGCGCGGUGACUGGAAACUCCCAAUUUUUGAGGUCAUCUCAACCAAGUAGCAGACAAUAAGUAGAUCAUUGGUAUAGGUGCGUGAACGUUUUUAUGGUGGACCGGAGAAUCGUGGGCAAAAGAAAUUAGCCCAUCUUCUUGAUAUGUGAUCAUUGGCGGUGCACAGAGUGCAUUGGCGAAGCAGCUUCAGCAUCAAGUAUUGAAUAUUCAGACCGUGUUGGAGCUUG